CACAUUCUCACAUUAUGGAAGGAACUUCUCGAGCUCUUUCUUAUACCAUAAGAUUCGUUGGUCUACUUGGUAGUCAUGUUCUUGGUAGAAAUCCAAAGUUUAUGGCUACUGCAGUAGAUUUAGGAAGAGAAUUGAUAAGGCGAAGAAUUAGUCUUGCUUAUGGAGGAGGCAACGUUGGCCUACAAGGAGCUGUUGCUUCAACAGUCUUUGCCAAUGGAGGUCUCGUUAGAGGUUUCAUUCGUGGGUACAUAGCAACACGACGGGUCUACGGACGUACAUACGGCGUAGAGCACACAGUUUUCAGCAAUUACUACAAAUAUUUUGAAAUGAAUCAUGCCGUGGAAGCUUUCAUCAUUCUUCCUGGAGGAGUUGACACUAUGGAAGGUUUGUUCACCUUGAUCUCGUGGGCUUCUGAAGGGUUACACAAUAGACCCAUUGGUCUCUUGAACAUUGACGGUUAUUUCAAUAACCUACUCAAAUUUCUAGAUGAUGCGGUGAGGCAGAACUUCAUGCAUUUGAAUCAAAGGAAACUUUUUAUUUCUUCAUUCUUUGUUGAUGAGCUUUUAGACAAACUAGAGUUUUCUAAAGCGUUCCCGGAACCUGGGGUUAGUUACGAUGAGUUCGUGAAUCCCGGAAGACUAGACUUGGAAUUGCAUUUAUAACUUUCUACACGUAAUCCAAGUUGUAUUUUGUGCUUAAAUAAUAUUAUCCAGAAAUUUUUUAUCGGCCAUAAGCCCAACAAUAAUUUAUUUUAAUCAAAACAAAUUUGAUUAAUUGAUUAUUUAUUCAUUAAUAAGUCUAGGGUAUAUUU